ACUUAUUUGCAUCCAGGCCUUAAACAGAAUCACUGUACCCUAAAAACCAGAUUUACGUCUGGGUACACUCGUGAACUGCCUGCAGGAUGUGGGAGGAGACUGACAGUGAAGACUUGCUGCUAAUGGACCCCGUGACUGUCACCCUGACAGGAAGCCAGGUGCAGGGGCUGUCUGCCAUGUGGAAACCUAGUUGGCAGAAUUUAUCCAGCUCACACCUUGUGUGUCUGAUGUGUUGCAUGGAUGAACGUGAUAGGGUCCAGAAGAAAACAUUUACCAAAUGGGUCAACAAACAUCUCAUCAAGGUUCGUAAACAUAUCAAUGAUUUGUAUGAGGAUCUCCGGGAUGGACAUAAUCUCAUCUCCCUCCUCGAGGUGUUGUCUGGUGUCAGACUGAACAAGGACCCAGAGGCUUCUCGGAGCCUGCGGCUCUCUCGUCUGCCAUCUCGCCGCCUGCUGUUGAUGAGGGAAGAUAUGGAGGAAGACCCUGAUGAUGCUCCUAGAGAGAAAGGGAGGAUGCGUUUCCAUCGGCUACAGAAUGUUCAGAUUGCCCUGGAUUUUCUUAAGCAACGACAGGUGAAGCUAGUGAAUAUUAGAAAUGAUGACAUCACUGAUGGAAAUCCAAAACUGACACUAGGGUUGAUAUGGACCAUAAUCCUUCACUUCCAGAUCUCUGACAUUUAUGUGAGUGGUGAAUCAGGGGAUAUGUCAGCCAAGGAAAAACUGCUCCUAUGGACGCAAAAGGUGACAGCUGGAUAUACUGGCAUGAAAUGCACUAAUUUCUCCUCUUGCUGGAGUGAUGGCAAGAUGUUCAAUGCAAUAAUCCACCGGUACAGACCGGAUCUGGUGGACAUGCAGAGAGUUGAAUUGCAGAGUAACCAGGAAAACCUUGAGCAGGCAUUUGAGAUUGCAGAGAGUCUGGGGGUAACAAGGUUAUUGGAUGCUGAAGAUGUAGAUGUAGAUUCCCCUGAUGAGAAGUCUGUGAUCACGUAUGUGUCUUCUAUAUAUGAUGCCUUCCCUAAAGUCCCAGAGGGAGCAGAGGGGAUUAGUGCUACUGAGGUGGAUUCACACUGGCUGGAGUAUCAAGAGAGAGUAGUCUGUCUUACACAGUGGAUCCGGCAACAUGUAUUACUGAUGUCUGACAAAUCCUUCCCACAGAAUCCUGUUGAAUUAAAAGCACUUUAUAAUCAGUAUGUACAUGUGAAGGAAACUGAAAUUCCAGCAAAGGAACAAGAGAAGGAACAUAUCCAAAAGUUAUAUCAAAUGUUACAGGCCUGGAUCGAAUUUGGUCGUAUCAAACUUCCUCCCUCAUUUCACCCAAAUGAUGUUGAGGAGCAGUGGGGUAAACUGAUUCUCUCUAUGUUGGAAAGAGAGAAAAUCCUACGACCAGCUGUAGAGCGACUUGAAUUGCUACUACAGAUUGCAAACCGGAUUCAGAAUGGCUGUCUGAGUUGUGAAGAGAAACUGACAUUAGCAAGGAAUACACUACAGUCUGAUACAGCUAAUAUUGAGUGUGGACAGACUUUUCAACAAGAAAGUGAAGUUGUGCAGUUUCUGCAAGAGAGUGAAGGCCUUCUUCGUCAGCUUCACUCAGAUGUUCAGAUUCUGCGUGAUGAGAAGUACUUCCAGGUUGAGGAAUUGGCAUUCAGAGUUCUACGAAUUCAGGAUGAGCUUCUGAAUCUUAAAUUGGAAUGUUCCAAUCUGUAUAGAAGGGGCAACCUUAUCACCUCAGACCUGCAGCCCACUGUGUCCCUAAGCAACACUCACCAGCAUAGCCUUCACACCUCUCCCUCUUCCUCUUCAUUGUUACGGAAGCCAAUGAGUCGGACUGAACUCGUUUUAUUAUCAUCAUCCGAAGAUGAAGGCAGUCUGAGAUUUGUGUAUGAACUUCUUGCCUGGGUUGAGGAAAUGCAGAUGAAGUUGGAGCUCUCCGAAUGGGGCAGUGAUCUACCCAGUGUGGAAGCUCAGCUAGAAAGUCAGCAUAUUGUGCACACCAGUGUAGAGGAGCUGGCAUCAAGCCUGAGAGAAGCCAGGACCUAUGAGGUCAAAAUGUCUCCUAAUUUUCGAAACAGCUAUGGUGAAACUCUGAGCAAGCUUGAAACGCAGUAUUGCAAGUUAAGGGAAACAUCCAGUUCUCGGCUUCGCAAUUUGCAGAGCCUGCAUGACUUUGUUUCUCAAACAACAGCACAAAUAAUUUGGUUGAAUCAGAAGGAGGAGGAAGAGUUAUCUUAUGACUGGAGUGAUGGAAAUCCCAAUAUUGCAGCCAAGAAGGAUUACUUUACAGAACUGAUGCAGGAGUUAGAAGAGAAUCAGGAUGUGAUUCAGUCCCUGCAGGAAACAGCUGAGCUAUUGUCCCUUGAGAAUCAUCCAGCAAAACAAACAGUAGAGGCAUAUAGUGCUGCAGUUGUCUCCCAGUGGCAGUGGGUGAAACAACUCUGUCUUUGUGUUGAGCAACAUUUAAAGGAAAACUCUGCAUAUUUUCAGUUUUGCAAUGAUGUGAGAGAGUCAGAAGAUUAUUUAAACAAUCUGCAGGAUUCGAUCAAGAGGAAAUAUUCUUGUGACCUAAGUACCAGCAUCAGUCGAUUAGAGGACAUAUUGCAAGACUCCAUGGAUGAGAAGGAACAGCUUAUCCAGUCUAGGAGUUCAGUUGCCAGCCUUGUGGGUAGAUCGAAGAACAUUGUCCAGCUGAAGCCCAGAAACCCAGAACACAGUCUAACCAGCACACUUCCCAUUAGAGCUAUUUGUGACUAUCGGCAGAUAGAGAUUACCAUUAGUAGAAAUGAAGAAUGUGUUCUGGAAGAUAACACCCAGAGGACAAAGUGGAAGGUGAUAAGCACUACAGGCAAUGAAGCCAUGGUCCCGUCUGUCUGUUUCCUUAUUCCUCCACCCAAUCAGGAAGCAAUGGAAAUAGGCAGCAGGGUUGAACAGCUUUAUCAGAAGGUUAUGUCUUUGUGGCAUGAGUUACAUGUAAACACUAAGAGUCUGAUUUCAUGGAAUUAUCUCCGUAAGGAUGUGGAAGUGGUGCAGAGCUGGAAUGCUGAAAAGCUUAAAGUCCUACCCUUGGCAGAGCGCCUGGAGACUCUUUCAAACUUAAGUGCCAGCCUAAAGUGCCACUUAGAUGAAUUUCUGGAAGACAGCAAAGACUCCCAGAUAUUCUUACUGACAGAUAAGCUAAAUAUGGAGCAGGAGGUGGAGUCUUGCAGAGACCAGUGCAGACAGCUGGUGGACCUGAUAGUGACUGAAGACAAAGAGGAGUCUGAAGCAAGGACUUACUUAUCAGAGCUAUAUAAUAUAGAGUUACAAAUGGGGCAAUGUGAGCAGCGGCUUGUGAAGAGAAUCCAGAGUCCUGCUGGCACUGAUGUUGAUGCUGUACACGAGAUCACUAUUCAUAUAUCAGAGCAAGAGAGGAUGCAGGAGGAGCUGAAGUGUUUAAAAUCGGAGUUAACUGUGGUUUCUGAACGCUGUGAUGACUUCAUGCACAAAUCUCCAUCUGGCUCUAGCACUCAUAGUCUCCGCUCGCAACUGGAUCUGCUGAUUGGAAGGAUGGACCAGAUAUAUGGACUAUCAUCAGUCUUCUUGGAAAAACUGAAGACCGUGGAUGUGGUUAUCCGGAGUCUACAGGAGGCAGAAGGAAUAGUGAAAGGGUUUGAAAUUAAGCUCAGCCAGGAGACCUCUUUGCCUGCAGACACUUCUUUUAUUCAGUCUCAACAAGACUUGCUGCAGCAAUGGCUCACGGAGGUUUCAGAUAAAGACUCCAUAAUAGCUGCUCUGGAAAAUGACAUUGCCAAGUCAAAGGCUAGUAGGGAGCGUCUCUAUGAGAAGACCCAAGAACGGAGCAUGGAUUUAGAGCACUACCAGGAAAGGGCAGACAAAUUGCGAGAGCGAUGGAAUGCGGUUCAUUCUCAGCUUGAGACACGUCAAUCUGAACUACUUGGGAUUCAGGAGGCUCUAAGUAACUAUAGAGGGCUCCAUGAUAAUCUGAUCCAGUGGAUAGAGGAAACCAAAUCACAGCAAGAGAUGAUGAAGCCUGGACAGUCUGAAGAUAGGAAAGUCCUGUCAGAACAGCUCAGCCAGCAGACGGCACUGGUUGCUGAAAUUGAAAAGAAUCAGAGCCGUCUGGACAAGUGUCAGACUAUCUCCCAACAGUAUUCAAACUUUGUAAAAGAAUAUGAGCUGCAGCUGAUGACAUACAGGGCAUGUGUAGAGUCCCAACAAAAGUCUCCAAUGAAGCGAAGACGACUAUUCUCCUCUUCUGAUAUUAUCACUCAAGAGUUUAUGGACCUUCGUACAAGAUAUACUGCUUUAGUGACAUUAACUACACAACAUGUGAAGUAUAUUAGCGAUGCACUGAGGAGGCUUGAAGAGGAAGAGAAAGUCCUUGAAGAGGAGAAGGAAAAACAUGUUGAGCAGUUAAAACGCCUCACUGGAUGGGUGUCUGGCCUGUCACAGGGAGUGUCCCAUCAACAUGCCGACCACACUGAUCUAAAUAAAUCUAUUUCGGAGCAAAAGGCUUUAAGUGAAGAACUCUUGUCACAAAAAGAACGAAUUUCAGAUGCUGUGAAAUCUAUGCAGAUCUUUCUGGCUAAAAACAGUGACAGGUUGUCAACUCAGGAGAAAGAAGAACUCUUAUCACAGAUUCAGGAGCUGAAUGGUAAAUACAACCACCUUUCUGAGGAAUGUGAUAGUCAAGUACAGCAACUUCACACUAAGCUUGCAUGGGAGGCAGAGCAAAAGGUGGAUCAUGCAGUAGAUGGUGUCAUAGAUCUAGGCUCAAUGGAAAUCUUUCCCAUCUUCUUGGCUAUGCAAAGAGGGCUUAUUGACCAAGACACUGGCCUUUUACUUCUGGAAGCCCAGAUUGUUUUGUCUGGUUUGAUUGUUCCUGAAACUAAUGAGAGACUCAAUUUAGAGGAAGCUUUAAAACGUAAUAUAGUCGAUCAGAGAUUGUUGCAAUUUCUUCAGGUUUUAAGGGAUGCUAAUACAUUGGUGGCUGGUGGUAAAUCUGGAAAGCAGAAACUUUUAUCUGUUAUUGCAGCAAUGGAAGACAAGAAGAUCAGUGAGUUUGAUGGGCUGAAAAUACUGAGCAUCCAUUUUGCAACAGGAGGCUUCCGGCUUUCAUCUGAUGAAGAUGCGACAGAUCUUGAGCAAGCUGCACAGGCAGGGCUUAUCAGUAGGCUCCUGUGCCAAAAACUGAAGUCAUCUUCUCAAAAUCUUGUUGACCCUAAUACAGCCAAAAGAAUGAGCCUUGCAGAAAUUAUGCAAACCUGCAUUAUUCAUGAAUCUACAGGGCUACGACUGCUUCCUGUAAAACAGCUGGCUGGUGGUGAUGUAUGUCUCAAAUCAGGAAAGAAGGUCAGCAUUUUCAGUGCAGUUCAGGAGGGACUAAUUGACAGACAAGUAGCUGUUAGGCUGCUUGAGGCUCAGUUAUUUGCUGGAGGGAUCAAGGAUACCAAAACGGGACACAGACUGACUGUAGAUGAAGCAGUGAGACAUCAUUUGCUGGAUCAGGAUGUGGCAUGUGCACUUCUUAAGAGGCAACUAGAGAAUGGGGGUAUAAUAGACACAGUAACAGGGCAAAGAAUUACUUUGGACGAAGCAGUUAAAGAAAAUGUUGUUGCCCCCAAACAAGCUCUGCUUAUCCUUGAAUCUUUGGGUUCAUUCAAAGGUGUUCUGUGGCCUGAAUCUGGUGAAAUUCUGCUUGUUGCCGAUGCCCUUCAGUUAGGUAUAAUUUCUUCUGAAAUGGCUAUUCAUGUUCUUGGAAGCAGGCAAAGAAUCCAUGGCCUGUACAUGUCUGAAGACAGAAGAAUCCUGUCUUGGGAUGAUGCAGUGAUGCCUACAAUUGUGGAUGAAAAUAUUGCCAAACGGUUGCAGUCAACAGUAAUUCCUGAUACAAUAAGCAGUCUGACAGCAGAAUCAGAGAGUAUGCCAGAACUUGGACUUUAUACAGGAUCUUUAUCCGUAAAUAGCAGCCAACAUUCUGUUGAGAGCAGUGAAUUGGAAAUGCAGAGGGGAGCUUGUCCAGAAGACAACAGAGAGCUGAUAACACAUUUAAUGAAUGCUAGCUAUAUAAAUAUUCACAAUGGAAAGAGGUUGCUGAAUAUUAACAAGAAAGAAAACAUUGUAGCCACACUAUUUCCUGGUGCUUUUUUAGAUAAUUCUAUUGGUGUCAGUCAGGACAAUAAAGUAGAGAUUCAAAAGUUAUAUGUUGUUGAGAAGAAAUUGGAAAACCCAGCAGGUUUGACAGCUUUCACAGAUGAAAACAGAAAAGCUAUUAGUAAACUAAAAAAAAAUCAGUGUUUGCUACCAGAAGAGGGUAAAUUGCCUUUUGAAACACAUCAUCCAAAAUUAGAAGACAGAGUACCAUCACUACAAAAUAACCAUGCAAGCUUACAUCACCUGUCAACUGAUCAUGGUUGUGCUGAGGAAAACAUAUUUACAAAUCCAGAAAUAGCAGCUUUCAAUACCGAGCAACUACUGUUACCUGAUGUUCCUGAAAAUUCAUUAAACAAGAUCAAAGUUGGUAAAAUUGAGAUCUCUCCUGUAAACAAAGGUAUGGUUGAUACCCAAGUGCAGACCUUAAUAAUUAAUGGAAAAAUACCAGAAAACCCAGGACAAGUAAAAACAAUGAAGUCUUGUGGAAUGUCAUUUGAUUCUGACAAACAUCUUAGAAGUAAGUUCGGUUUAAAAAUGGAAAAUAUGGAUGUUUUAAAUGUUAUCCCUGAGCAACACGUAGCAUCACAAAAAUGUUUCAGUGUAAACCCUGCAUAUCCUGAAAAGAUAUGCUCUAAAGGAAAGUUGAAAGAUGCAGAUUGUUUGCUGGAUAAUAUGCAUAUUCCUUAUGGGACUUCUUCAUCAAUACAACUUAAUGAUGCAUAUGUCAUGGAAGAAGAGGAUGCUUUAAAUAUGCUAUCUGAGCAGUUAAUGAAUGGGGGAAUAGUAGUUCCAAACUCCAGUCAAAAGCUUCUUCUAAAUGAAGCUGCAUGUCAGGGUAUUAUCUCAAGCCACACAGCCUUAAAACUAAUGGAAAGAGUUGACUUAUUUGCUGGUUUCUUUGACUCCCAAACAUGUGAAAGACUUACCAUUCAGGAUGUGAUAGAUGAAGGCCUGAUGGAUGAAACGCUUCUGCAGCAGGUCCUCAGCUCUGACAAAACAAUCAGUGGUAUUGUUGACACGCAAACUAAAAUAAUUUAUUCUUUACAGGAUGCAUUGAAUGUUGGACUUGUGAAUGAGGAAAUGGCUAAAAAAAUGUUAGAAGUCCAAGUUAUUACAGGAGGGAUAUACGAUAUGAAAAGAGGUAAAAGAAUAUCUGUUACAUUGGCUUCUAGUCUAAAUUUGGUGCAACCUUCCUACAAAGAAGACCUUAUCAAGCUGGAAAAGGCUUCUAAAGGGAAAAAAAUUGACCAAGCUUCUGUGAAAAAAUUGACUAGCCUUCAGAUUGAAACAAGUGGCAUUACAGAUCCAUUGUCUAAGCAAAUAUUGCCUGUUACACAGGCUGUUGAGCAAGGCUUCAUUAAACAAGAGGAAGCAAUCCAACUCUUGACCAAACAAAUAGCAGAUGGAGGAAUCAUCCAUCACUCAUCAGGCAUGAGGCUAUCCGUGUUAGAUGCUUUCAAACACAGACUUAUUGAUCAAACUUUGUUUGAUAUUCUGACAGAGUCUGAGGACCUAAAUCAAUCUGGGCCACACAAAUCAUAUGAAAUUGACUACAAUUUGUCUGUACAGUCUGGAUACUCCACUGCUUAUGAUACAAAGUCUAUAUUGGAAGCAUCUACAAAACAAGAUACCAAAAAAAUACCAUAUACAGAUUUGUUAAAGAAGUGUGCAUUUGAUGUUAUAACUGGGCAAAGAUAUUUGGACCUUAAUAAGCAUAAGUGUAAUUUCUCAUCUGACGCACCAAAAAACAGGUUUGAAAGUAUGGACAUCUUACAGUCAGAAACUCAGCAUACAGAAGAUAAUAUGUAUGAUUUAGAACAUGGUAGGGGUAAAACAUGUUUACCUGCAGUGCUGCAUGAUAAGGAAAUCACUGUCAUUGGAAAGCCCCUGGAUGGAUCAGAAGCUGGAAUGAAUCAGUCUUCAAUAUGUAGUAUGAGGGACAAAGGUUCUUUUGAAGUUGAGUCUGAAGGCAGGCAACUCCAAGAUCAAUGUUAUAAUAAGGUGACAGAAGGUUUUUUUCUUAAGGUGAGCCCACACCAGUAUUCUGCACAAAACUCAAUAAUCACUGAUAGUGAUAAUACAGUGUUUUGUAGGCAGAUUAAUACAGACAUUUUCCAAGUUGACACGGUAAAAUUGGACAAGAAUGGUGCUGUAGAUGUUUGUCUUAAAAAUGAAGCAAGACCUUUCGUUCAAGUAGUUGAAAGAAAUGUAUGUUUUGAAAUGGAACACAGUGAUGAAUCAUUUACAGGAGACCCCAUUACUCAAGCGACAGAGAAUGACAUCCAAUUAAAAGAUGGUGUCUUAAUGGAGCAGACACAGAAAUAUAUAACUUUUACAGAUCAUUCUAGGGUUCAAUGUAAGCCAUCUGCAGCACAAAGAGAAGACCUUUUUGAAUUGAAUCACUGUGAUACUAAUAUACAUGUGGAGGAGACCAAUUUUCAUGAAACAUCUGCCAAAGUUCAUUUAGAACUGCAGUCUCUUGAAUCUAAAAGCAGAGAUGGUGAAGCUUCAAACGUACCAUGCAUUACUCAGAGCUUUGACAAACAAGAGCUAAAAGCUGAGGUAAACUGUGAACCUACCUUUAAAAAUCAAGACACUGCACUGCUCUCACCGAUUCCGGAAAAGGAAUGUUUCACCGACAGUCUGGUAAAUAAUCAUUCCGAGAAAAUCAUAACAAUGACUGAAAUUAUUUCCAAAGACUUGCAGAAGCAGCCUGAAAAGAUACCUUUAAGCCAAUGUGAUUUCAACAUGGUGUCAGUUCAAAAGCCUUUCACUGCAAGUAACUAUGUACCAUCGGAGAAUUUGUCGUUUAGUCAUGAUCUAAGCCAGUCAGAGAUGUCAAGUGUAAGCAGGACUUUUCAUAAAUCAGACAAUGCAGAAUUACACAGCGAGAAGGGUACAAUGCACUUUGCUUUUCACCAAUAUGUGACAGAAUGUGAUAAUAACAUCCAACAAAAAUGUAGGGAAACAGACUUAAUCCUAGGACAUGAUCAACUGAGAACGGGUUCCUGUCUAACUGAAGAUCUCUAUUUACCUGCCUUUACCAAAAGUGCUGUUCAAUCAGGUAUCAAUAGUCAACAAGUGUGUGACAUAAUUAAAACUUCUGGAGAUGUUAUAGUGGGAAAACUGAAUGAAAACACUGUUAAGACAGCCAAAGAGUUAACAGAUGGAGGGUCUAAAGUAGACACAGUUAAGUCAGCCAAAAAAGGAAGUUCUAAAAAAGUCAAAGUUAAGCCUAAUCGCGAAUUUAUUGCAGAAACACACAAGAAAGGCACAAUUGAGCCAAACAGGCUCAAAUCAGGACAAAUUAGGGAAGAUCGAGUUAAUCCAACAGAUUUUAAUACAGAAAGACCUACAAAAGACACAGCUGAGGCAUCCAAAGAUAUUAAAGUUAGUCCUAAAGAAGACACAGUUAAGCCAGUGACUCUUCUUCCAGAUGAAAGAUUUAAGGAAGAUGUGAUUAAGCCUACCAGACAACCUGCACUGGUAAAUGCUAAGAAAGACAUAUUUAAAUCAGAACGAAAACCAAAGGAAGAUCUAAUUAAAGCAGACCAGUCUCUUAUAGAAGCAAAGCCUAAGGAUGACACUGUAAAUAAAAACAAUGAUUCUAAGGAGGGUCCCCCUAAAGAAAAAGAAGCCCAACUUGAUAGAAAUCUUACAGAAGCAAGACCUAUUCAAGAUCCCUUUGAGACAAGCAAAGAUUUUACACAAGCAACACCUAAGGAUUCUUAUACAAUAAGUAUGAAGCAGACUUGCUUGGAGCAUGAGGAGAACCUUGUAUCAUACCUGUCAAUGCUUAGGGAUAUUGAAGUGAGGUUGGGACCUGCCCAGCCCAUAGCACCAUGUAUGAAAGAAGUACAAGAGCAGCUGAAACAAGCAGAGGUGGUGGAUCUGGAAAUAAGACAACUUAUGCCUUCUGUGAGGCAGGAAUUGGACUUUGUAAAGCAGAUUAUCUCAGAUCAACCCCUGGCGGUCCCAGUGCAGUUACUCAAAGCAUUAGAAAAAGAUGCAAAAAACUUGGAGAAGUCUCUUACAUCUAUCAGAGGCAAUUCUGAAUUACGUGUUAAGCAGCUUCAGGAUGUUCUUGAGACUGCAAAGGGUAAAAUCCUGGCGGAGCAUAAAGAGUUGGAAGGCAGACUUCAUUCUCUUCUACAGUGGGUGAAACAAACCACAGACUCACUGGAUAGUGCAAAAACAAGCGAUGAUUUGAGAUUAGAUUCUGAAAAACUACAAAAAGAUCUAAACCAUGCAGAGUCCUUGAGAAGACCGCUAACAGACACCAGACAGAAGCUAGACACUAUUGCCUUUGAUAUACAGUUUUUCAUUUCCGAGCAAGCUCAAGACUUGACUCCUCAACAAAGCCGUACACUUCUUCGCCUACUAAAUGAGUUACAGAGAUCCUUCAGGGAGCUGUCAGAAAGACUGGCAGCAUGGAAAGAGGUUCUGCAGUUAUGUCAGAAGCAGACAAAACACAAAACAGAACUUAAGAUAAUUCAAGAACGGCAAGCUACCUGUAGUCAAGAAUUUGAACAAUUGGGUCUAUGGGCUGAACUUACAGAGAAAGCUUUGCCUGGUCACCAAAUCACCCAUAAAACACAGGACCUCUCCUCACUUAUGGAACAGCACAAGACUGUGCAGGCUCUUCAUAACGAUGUACAGUCUCGAGGAAAGCAGUUUUGCACAAUUAUCGAAGCAGCAGAAGAUUUCCUUGCUGAGAAUAAGAUGAAAAUGGAUCCAGUAGAAGUAGAUUCUUUUCAGAAAAAACUGCAGCAAGCAAAGGAGCGAUAUCAUGCUGUUCUUGAAAAAACAGCAAACACUGAGAAACAGCUAGAAAGUGCUGUGAGCACAGCUGUGCUUGAAGAAACCAAGAAGUCUGAAACUGCAGAGGAAUUAAAAAUAAAUUUGGGGAAAAUUGAGUCCCUACUUCAUCAGGUGCGCCCAAGUGAUGCUCUUCUGAAAACUGUACCUGAUGGAAGUAACCAAAACAUGUUGAGUAGGUGUCUCCCACCAGAUGAAACUGCAUCUAUGGUCAAUGACUUAUAUGAGAGGAAGAAGACACAACACCAAGGGAUGUUGGCACAGCAGCAAAGUUUUAUAUUGACAAUACAGUCAGCUCAGGAUUUCUUAGAUAAGCAUGGCAAUACAUUGUGCCCAGAAGAACGACAACAGCUGCAGAACCAGCUGGCCCAGUUGAAAGAAGAAUAUUCAGCUUCCAUGUCUCAGGCACAAUUACAGUUGAAGAAUGCACAGAUCCUGCGAGAUGAGAUGAAGAACUUCAUACGUGACCAUGGAGAGUUUGAACUUUGGCUUAUCCAUAGUGAAGAGGAAUUAGACAAGAUGCACCAAGGAAAAACUGAUUUUGAUGGUCUGAAGCACUUGCUCAAUCAGCAAGUGAAUAUUUCUGAAGACAUCAUAUCUCACAAAGGAGACCUACGGUAUAUUAACUUAGCUGGCCAAAAGGCUAUUGAAGCUGAGAAAGCAACUGCUGACCAGGAGGAUUUUGAGAUGGUGGCAGGAACAAUGGUGAAAAACAAACUAGAAGAGGCUUCAAAACGAUACAACACUUUGCAGUCCAAGUGUUCUAAGCUGGGCUCUCAUCUGAACAAUGUGCUGGACAGAUACCAGCAGUUACAGGAAGGGUCAGACACUGCUGUAGCUUGGCUGCAAGUUACAGAGUUGGAGGUGGGCCGCAUCCUUUCUGAGCCUGUGGCAUCUGAUUCAGAAGUAUUACAGAACCAGCUUGCAAAAGCCAAGAGCAUGCAGUCAAACCUUGCUGAACACCAAGUUCAGGUAGAAAAAGUACAUAAAGCUCUGCGGAUGCUGAUAGAAAUACAAGAUGAUCCUUCACCUGAUUGCAGAAGCAUGCAAGAUAUGGCUGAUUCCAUAGAUCGUCGUUUUCAGAAUCUCUCAAAUCAAAUGUCUUCCCACUCUGAUUUACUACAAAAGACAGUUGCACAGUCCCAGAAUGUACAGGAUGCCAUAGAAAACCUUUUGCAGUGGUUGGAGGAAAUGGAAAAGACUUUGGCAAAGCAAAAACACACACAGAUGUCCUCUAUGUUGGUAGAGGAAGCUCUUGCUACGAGCAUGAAACUGAAACAGGAUAUCUCCAGUAGAAGGGGAAGUAUGGAUGCCACAGGAGAGAUGGUUGAGAAAUUCAUGGAGACAGCUGACAGUGCUGCUGCCUCUGCUCUUCACAGCAAACUCUCUGAAGUCACUUCACGGUUCAACGAGGUCUUCAUGCAACAGAGAUUGCAAGAGAAUUCUUUGAAAGAGAUACUGCCAAAAGUGGAAAAAUAUGAGCAGUUGUCAAAUGAGCUGCAUGAAUUUACAGUAACCAGGUCUCAUCUCCUGGCCUCUGCAAACCAACCAGAGAGGGAUAUCACCCAGUUUUCUGAACAAAUCAAGGAGCUAAAUGCAGAAAUAAAACAGCAAGAAGAACAUUUUGUUAUGGUAGAACAGCUGGCCAAUGAACUGAGUACAAGCCCUAUCCUUACAGAUGUAGCUGGGCACUUACAGAAGCUUGAAACUUUAAAGAAAGAUUUUGCAGAGCUCCGGGGGGCAGCAUUGAAGAGGGAAAGUGAAACUUUGUCCUGUCAGGAAGCUUUGGAACAAUUCCAGAAGCUGAUUGUGGUAAUGAGAAAAUGGCUGAAGGAAAAAGAAGAUAGUGUCCCUUCAGCAGAAGACUCUCUUAAAACAUGUGAAAUGCAGUCAAGGUUACAGCAAGUUAAGGACCUCCUGAGUGAGUGGAAAAUGAAAAGCCCCAAAAUGGCAGAGAUAGCACAGAAGGGUUCAGAGCUCGAGUGCCGCAUUAUGGAAAUUACAGCAUCUGAGGGUCAGCGCAGAGGAGGUUCUGUGCUGAUGGCCACAGGGAGCUCUUUAGGAAAUGUAAAUGGAUACCAUACUUGCCAAGAUCUCACAGGCAUAAAGUGUGAUGUCUCUGAGACCAGUCAGAAAUAUGAAAAUUUAGGACUGCUUUUGCACAAACAAGAGGAGCAGCUAUCUACAAUGUUGGAAAAUUUUGAUAAAAUCAAACAAGAAACUAAUCAUAUGCUGAAAUGGUUGGAAUCUAAAGAGAAAACAAUGGCUGCUGUCAAUAUGUCUCCAACGAAAUCUGAAAUGGUGAAAGAACAAGCAAAGCAGAACAAGGAGUUCCUUUCUGAACUUGAGCAGAGCACUGAAAAAGUAGAAAGUUUAAAGGCUACACUGAGAGAUUUGCUGAAAAGGCAUCCAAACUCUCCCGAGGCAGAAAACUGGAAGACCAUGCUGGAAAAUCUUAAUCAGCAGUGGGGCAGAGUCAAUGAAGUCACAGCAGAGCGCCAGCACAAACUGGAGGAGUCAGCCAACCAACUAGCAACUUUCCAAGUAGCAGGCUCCCAGCUUUCUCCAUGGCUGAAAGAGAAGGAGUUAAUGAUGAGUGUUUUGGGUCCUCUCUCUGUUGAUCCAAAUAUGCUAAAUGCUCAAAAGCAGCAAGUUCAGUUUAUGUUAAAAGAAUUUGAAGCACGAAAAACUCAGUAUGAAGAACUGAAACUUGCAGCCUAUGGGAUCCUGACAGGCCCUGGAGAGGAGUCUCCAUCCACCAGUCAAGUCGAGGAAGAAUUCCACAACAUAAGUGGAAGAUGGAUUGAAUUAACUGGUCGUUUGAAUUCCAGGGCUGACCAAAUAGAUCAGACAACCAUCAAAAGUAGUCAAUAUAAAGAGGUUCUGCAAAGCUUAACAGACAAAAUAAAGCAAGUUGGCAAAAACUUGGCGACCCAACCGUCUGUUAGCACUCAACCUGAUGCAGUAAAGCAACAGCUGCAGGAAACUAGUGGAAUCCGAUCUGAACUCGAACAACUUACCAAGGAAGUUAUAGAUGCUCAGGAACUGUGCAAUGAGUUAUCUGCACUUGUCAUGGAACCAUACCUUAAAGAUGAACUUCAAAAGCGUCUUGAUACUGUUGCUCUUCCACUCAAAGGAAUGGAGGAUUUGGCAGCGGAUCGAGUAAAUCGUCUUCAGACAGCUCUAUCUAGUUCUCAGCAGUUCCAGCAGAUGUUUGAUGAACUACGGAGUUGGUUGGAUGAAAAACAGAUGCAACAUAUCAAUAGCCCUCCAGUGUCUGCCAAGCUGGAGAAGUUGCAAACUCUGUUACAGGAGCAAGAAGAAUUCCAAAAGAGCAUCAACCAAUACAGUGGUUCCUAUGAAAUGAUUGUCACAGAAGGCGAGUCUCUGCUUAUCAAUGCUCAGGCUGGAGAAGAAAAGACCACUCUCCAAAAUCAGCUAGUGAAUUUAAAAGGGAAUUGGAAUGAACUAGGCAAGCAAUCAUCAGAAAGACAUGGAAAAUUAAAGGACUGUUUGCAAAAAGCUCAGAAGUAUGUUCGGCACGUGGAAGAUCUGGUGCCUUGGCUAGAAGACUGUGAGAUACACAUGAAAGAGAUGGAAAUAACACUUGACCCUGUACAACUUGAAGCACAGCUUCUUAGAGCAAAGGUUCUUCAGAUUGAUAUAGACAAAAAACGUUCUCUUUUUGAAAUGAUGAAUAGAGCAGCUGACCUUCUGAUUGAGACAGCUGAAGUAGAUGACAGAGACAUUCUGGAAGAUAGAGCCAAAAUCAACCAGAGAAUGGAUACCAUCACAGAAGAGUUACACAACAAGUCUGGGUCAAUUGAAGAAAUGUCAUUAAGACUUAAAGAGCUGAAGGACAGUUUUAAUAACAUUAAUAAGAAACUGGAAGGCGCCAGGCAUCUGUUGGAGAUCUUUACGGCACUUGGCCCUCAAGCUUGUAGUAGUAAAAAUCUUGAAAACAUGAGAUCCCAGCAGGACAUGCUUCUUGGUUUGGAACCCCAAAUCUUAUACCUGAAAAAUCUUAUUCAAGGUCUGAUGGCAGAUGCUCCACAAGGCUCUGAUGUUUCCCAUCUUGUUUACGAGGCACAGCAAGUCCAGCAUAAUUUUGAGAUGGUAAAACAGGAUGUUAAUGAAUGCUGUGCAAAUAUGGAAUCAAAAUUGCAGGGAAUUGGUCAGUUCCACUCUCAUGUUCGAGAGAUGUUCUCAGAACUAGCAGAUCUGGAUGAUGAAUUAGACAAUAUGGGGCCUGUGGGACGGGACAUGGAUAGUCUUAAGUCACAGGCAGAAGUAAUACAAACAUUUCUGGAGACACUUCAAAGCCUCAAAUUAAGUAUUGAGUCCUCAGAAUAUAAAUGUAGAGACAUGCUGGAGAAGGAAGGUGGCCCUGACCUUAUAGUACUUAUGAGAGAACUUGGGACUUUAAAUAAACAAUGUUCUAAACUGGCUGAACGAGGUAAAAAUCGCCAGGGACAAUUAGUGGCAACGUUAAGCCGUGUGGAGGAAUUCAACAUGAAACUAAAGGCGCUGAACCACCAGAUUAUGACAGCGGAGGGCAGCAGUGCUCUACAUGGUGUUGUUGGCACAGAAGUAGAUACCAUCAAGCAGCAGUUAGAUAAUUUUAAGGCUUUCCAAAAGGAGCAAGUGGAUUCUCUUCAAGCGAAGUUACAACAAGUGAAUGGAAUUGGCCAGGGUUUGAUACAAAGUUCUGAUAAAAACUGUGAUGUUCAUGGCCUGGAACACGACAUUGAAGAGCUGAACAUAAAAUGGAACACCAUGAACAAGAAGGUGGCAGAGCGAGUGACACAGUUGCAAGAGGCAUUGCUGCAUUGUGGGAAAUUUCAGGAUGCUCUGGAACCUUUGCUUAGCUGGCUUACUGACACUGAGGACUUGAUUGCCAACCAAAAGCCUCCAUCAGCAGAAUACAAAGUGGUGAAAGCUCAAAUUCAAGAACAGAAGCUUCUCCAGCGUCUCCUGGAUGAUCGCAGAACCACAGUAGAAAUGAUUCAGGCAGAAGGGGUAAGAAUUGCUGAGGGAGCUGAUCCUGCAGAUGGAGAAAAAAUAAGCGACCAGUUGGAGAUUCUAGCAGAGAGGUGGACUUUGCUUUUACAGAAGGCUCAGUCAAGGCAAAGACAUCUUGAAGACAUAUUGGUGCUUGCCAAACAAUUUCAUGAGACCACUGAACCAAUAUUUGACUGGCUUUCAGCUACAGAAAAGAAGUUGGCUAAUUCUGAGCCGAUUGGCACACAGACUGGAAAGAUUCAGCAGCAGAUCCAGCGUCACAAGAGCUUAGAGGGUGACAUAACAGUCCAUGAGACUGCCAUGCAUCAGGUGAACAAGCUUGGUGGCUCACUUGCAGCCCUCUGCUCCAAAGCUGAGCAAGAGAGACUGUCACAGAAACUAGAGUUUCUGCAGGCUCGCUACAGUGAAGUGCAGGACCUGUGUAGCAGAAAGGGUACCCUUCUUGGGCAAGCUCUGAUCAAUGCCAGACUGUUUGGAGAAGAUGAGGUGGAAGUUCUAAACUGGUUGGGCGAGGUAGAAGACAGACUGAAUUCAGUCUGUGUGAAGGAUUACAAGAUGGAAGUCCUGCAGAAUCAACACAAACAACAUAUGGCACUUAAUGAAGACAUUAUCAAUAGGAAGAAGAAUGUGGACCAAGCCAUCAAAAAUGGACAAGCACUGCUGAAGCAGACAACAGGGGAAGAGGUGCUCCUCAUUCAAGAGAAGUUGGAUGGUAUCAAAACUCGUUACUCAGAGAUCACAUCAUCAAGUGGAAAGGCACUAAAAACAUUAGAACAAGCUUUACAGCUUGCUGGCAAGUUCCAGGCUACUCAUGAUGAACUAACUGGCUGGUUAAGACGAGUAGAAGAUGAGCUGGCUCAGAAUUCUGGACAGUCUCCCUCUGGAGACAUGAUUUCUCAAUUCCAGCAGAGACAAAAGGAACUAAAGAAGGAGGCAAUGGAAUACCGGAUUGUUCUCGACACUAUAAAUGAAGUUGGCAGUGCACUAUUGGAGCUGGUCCCCUGGCGGGCCAGGGAGGGAUUAGAUAAACUAGUUUCAGAUGACAAUGAGCAAUACAGAUCUGUUAGUGACACUAUUGGGCAAAGGGUGGACCAAAUAGAUGCUGCAAUUCAAAGAUCACAACAGUAUGAGCAAGCUGCUGAUUCAGAGUUAGCCUGGGUGGCUGAAACUAAGAGAAAACUUAUGGCCCUGGGUCCAAUCUGUCUGGAACAAGACCAGACCACAGCCCAGCUACAGGUGCAAAAGGCUUUCUCUGUAGAUAUUAUUCGCCACAAAGAUUCCAUUGAUGAUUUGAUUCACACAGAGGAAGAGAUCCUGGCAACCUGUGGAGAUGAACAAAAAUCUUUAUUACAAGAGAAAACUAAGACUCUGGUGCAGCAGUAUGAAGAUAUAAGCCAUCUAAAUUCUGAGAGAUAUUCUCGGCUUGAGCGAGCUCAGGUUCUUGUUGUUCAGUUCUGGGAGACCUAUGAAGAAUUAAUGCCAUGGAUUGAAGAAAUGCAGGUUUUCCUUUCCCAGCUGCCUCCUCCUGCAGUAGAUCAAGAGAUGCUAAGGCAACAGCAGGAAGAAAUGAGGCAAUUAAGGGAGUCAGUUGCUGAGCAUAAGCCUCAUAUCGAUAAGCUCCUAAAAAUUGGUCCUCAUCUUUCUGAGCUGAACCCCGAAGAAGGCACAGUAAUUCAGGAGAAGUACAACAGUGCAAAAGAGAUCUAUGGUGGAAUAAAGGAGGAAGUGCGCAAGAGAGCCAUGGUACUGGAUGAUGCUGUAGCACAAGCUGCACAGAUUGGAGAGUUCCAUGACAAGAUUGGUCCAAUGUUGGAGACUCUUGAAAACUUGGCUUCUCGGCUCCGCGUGCCCCCUCUCAUUCCCGCAGAGGUGGAGAAGAUUCGGGAGUGUAUUAGUGAGAACAAGAAUGCUGUCAUGGAACUUGAAAAAUUGCAGCCUGCAUUUCAAGCUCUGAAACAUCGCGGUGAAGAACUGAUCAGUCGCUCACAGGGACCAGACGUUGACCCAGCAGUCAAAGAUAUCCAGGAUAACCUGGACCAGUUGGUGUUUUUUUGGGAGGACAUCAAAGCACGAGCAGAUGAACGUGAAAGUAAAUUCCUUGAUGUCCUUGAAUUAGCAGAAAAGUUCUGGUUGGAUAUGAGCUCCCUUUUAACCACCAUUAAGGAUACACAUGAAAUUGUCCAUGAUCUGGAAAGUCCUGGCAUUGAUCCAUCAAUGAUCAAGCAGCAAAUUGAAGCAGCAGACAGUAUUAAAGAAGAGACGGAUGGACUCCAUGAAGAACUGGAAUUCAUUAGAAUCCUCGGAGCAGAUUUAAUAUUUGCCUGUGGCGAAACUGAGAAACCAGAAGUCAAAAAGAGUAUUGAUGAGAUGAACACUGCUUGGGAACAUUUGAAGAGAACAUGGACAGAACGCCUUGAAAAACUCAGAGAUGCAAUGUCUCAUGCUGUGCAGUACCAGGAUACCCUGCAGGCAAUGUUUGAUUGGCUGGAUAAUGCUGUUAUUAAACUUUGUGACAUGCCUCCUGUUGGGACUGAUCUCAAUACUGUUAAAGAACAGAUUGAAGAGAUGAAGGAGUUUAAGGUGGAGGUUUACCAACAGCAAAUAGAAAUGGAAAGAUUAAACCACCAAGGAGAGUUGAUGCUCAAGAAAGCCAUUGAUGACACAGACAGAGAUAUCAUCCAGGGACCUCUUACUGAAUUGAAGCAUCUGUGGGAAAAUUUAGGAGAAAAGAUUGCACACAGACAGCAUAAACUGGAGGAUGCUUUGCUGGCUCUUGGACAGUUCCAACAUGCUCUGGCUGAGUUGAUAUCCUGGCUGACUCACACAGAUGAACUGCUGAAUGCCCAGAGACCGAUCUGUGGAGACCAUAAUGUUAUCGAAGUGGAGCUUGCAAAACAUCAUGUGCUGAAGAAUGAUGUGCUUGCCCACCAAACUACUGUGCACACUGUAUCUAAGGCUGGUAAUGAGCUACUGGAGUCCAGUGUGGGAGACGAUGCCAACAGCCUUAGACCUCGUCUUGCAACUCUGAUCCAGCUAUGGGAAACUGUGCUUCAGAAAACUGAGGAGAGAGAGCAGCAGUUGGAUAUGGCACUGCAUCAGGCUCAAGGCUUCUCUGGUGAAAUUGAGGAUUUCAUUCAGUGGCAAACCAAUAUAGAAAGCCAGCUUUUGGCAGCCAAACCAACAGGUGGACUGCCUGAGACAGCACGGGAGCAGCUUCAGUCUCACAUGGAGCUGUUUGCAGAAAUCAAGGCAAAUGAGGAUCUGUACAGACACCUUCUAGACAAAGGGCAGCUAAUGCUUAUAAGCCGAGAUGAUGCAACAGGCUCCAUCACAGAGCAGAAUGUGGCUAUUCUGAAAAGAAAGUGGCAGACAAUUGGCAGCAAAGUUGGAGAGAGGAAGGCAAAGCUGGAGGAGGUUCUUAAUCUAGCUACUGAUUUCCAGAAUUCAUUACAAGAUUUUAUUAUCUGGUUGACUCAAGCUGAGCAGAGUUUGAACAUUGCACCUUCCCCAAGUUUGAUCCUAGACACUGUUCUCUUCCAAAUCGACGAACACAAGGUGUUUGUAAAUGAGGUUAAUAUCCACCGUGAACACAUAAUUGAACUGGACAAAACUGGAAAUCAACUGAAGUUUCUUAGCCAGAAACAAGAUGUAGUUCUUAUAAAGAAUCUUCUUCUCAGUGUUCAGUCCCGUUGGGAAAAAGUUGUUCAGCGCUCGGUAGAGCGAGGUCGAUCACUAGAUGAUGCCAGAAAGCGAGCCAAACAGUUCCAUGAAGCAUGGAAGAAGCUGAUUGACUGGCUUGAGGAGGCUGAAAACCAUCUUGACUCUGAGCUGGAAAUCUCAAAUGAUCCUGACAAGAUCAAACUGCAGCUCACUAAGCACAAGGAGUUCCAAAAAACCCUAGGAAGCAAACAGCCUGUGUAUGACACUACAGUCAGGACAGGACGGGCAUUAAAGGAGAAGGCUCUGUUAAGCAGUGAUGUCCAGAAAUUAGAUCAUCUCCUAGGUGAAGUUAGAGACAAGUGGGAUACAGUGUGUGGCAAAUCAGUUGAAAGGCAGCACAAGCUAGAGGAAGCCUUGCUUUUCUCAGGGCAGUUUAUGGAUGCACUUCAGGCACUUGUUGAUUGGCUUUACAAAGUGGAACCUCAGCUUGCUGAGGACCAACCAUUGCAUGGGGAUUUAGAUCUUGUUAUGAACCUCAUGGAUGCUCAUAAGGUUUUCCAGAAGGAGCUUGGAAAGAGAACCAGUAAUGUACAGGCCCUAAAACGUUCUGCCAGAGAAUUGCUUGAAAGUAGCAGAGAGGACACUACUUGGGUGGAGGUUCAACUUCAGGAACUCAGCACUCGAUGGGACACAGUAUGCAAACUAUCUGUGUCCAAACAGACUCGACUAGAGCAAGCACUAAAGCAGGCUGAGGAGUUCCAUACUGCUGUCCACAUGCUGCUAGAGUGGCUUUCUGAAGCAGAGCAGACCCUACGGUUUAGGGGAGCAUUACCCGAUGAUGCUGAAUCUUUGCAGUCUCUAAUAGACAUCCAUAAGGAGUUUAUGAAGAAGGUGGAAGAGAAACAAACUGAUGUGAAUACAGCAGUCAGUAUGGGAGAAGAAAUCUUGACUGUGUGCCAUCCAGAUUGUAUAACCACUAUCAAACACUGGAUCACAAUUAUCCGGGCAAGAUUUGAAGAGGUACUAACCUGGGGAAACCAGCACCAGCAAAGACUGCAAACUGCUCUGUCUGAGCUUGUGGCGAAUUCUGAUUUGUUGGAUGAGCUACUUUCUUGGAUUCAGUGGGCAGAGACCACACUAAUUCAGAGGGAUCAAGACCCCAUGCCCCAGAACAUUGACCAGGUCAAAGCACUGAUCAGUGAGCACCAGGUAUUCAUGGAAGAAAUGACUCAAAAGCAACCAGAUAUGGACAGAGUAACAAAGACAUACAAAAGAAAGACAACAGAUCCAAAUCAUAUGUCUUUCAGUGACAAAACCAGAAUGAUUUUAUUACUGCCUAAUCCAGGAAAACAUGCAGUGCAGAAUGCAACCCCAGUCAUCCCAGUUCUCUCACAACCGGAAAACAAAAACCCCAGGAUAAACCAACUGUCUGCUCACUGGCAGCAGGUCUGGCUUCUGGCCCUGGAGAGGCAGAGAAAGCUUAAUGAUGCCCUUGAUAGGCUAGAAGAGUUAAAGGAAUUUGCAAACUUUGAUUUUGAUAUUUGGAGGAAGAAGUAUAUGCGCUGGAUGAACCAUAAAAAAUCUCGAGUCAUGGAUUUCUUUAGAAGAAUUGAUAAAGACCAAGAUGGAAAAAUCACCAGACAAGAAUUCAUUGAUGGGAUCUUGGCUUCUAAAUUCCCAACCACAAAACUAGAGAUGACAGCUGUCGCUGAUAUUUUUGAUGGUGAUGGUGAUGGAUAUAUAGAUUACUAUGAGUUUGUUGCUGCUCUUCAUCCCAACAAAGAUGCUUAUCGGCCAACAACUGAUGCAGACAAGAUUGAGGAUGAGGUCACAAGACAAGUUGCUCAGUGCAAAUGUGCAAAAAGAUUCCAGGUUGAACAAAUUGGAGAGAAUAAAUACAGGUUCUUCCUAGGGAACCAGUUUGGAGAUUCUCAGCAACUGCGUCUAGUCCGUAUACUAAGAAGUACUGUCAUGGUCCGUGUUGGUGGAGGUUGGAUGGCGCUAGAUGAAUUUUUGGUGAAGAAUGAUCCUUGCAGAGUUCAUCAUCCUGGGAAUAAAUUAAAGAGAACAGAUUCCAUCUAUUCUUUAGCAAGAGGGAGAACAAAUCUAGAGCUACGAGAAAAGUUCAUUUUACCAGAGGGGAUAUCUCAAGGAAUGACCCCAUUCAGGUCUAGAGGACGGAGAUCUAAACCAUCGUCCAGGACAGCUUCUCCUACACGAUCAAGUUCCAGUGCCAGUCAAAGUAACCACAGUUGUACUUCUGUGCCGUCCUCACCUGCCACUCCUGCUAGUGGCUCAAAGACUCCACAGCAUCUCUCUCGCUGUUAUGAGAAACCAUGGCUUGUAAACAGCAAAGCUAGCACUCCUAUUAGGUGGGCUGAAUAUCCAGACUUCCACACCCCAUCACCUGAGGUAACACCAGCUCAAGGCAGCAAAUUAAAGAAAGCCGCUGUUCACACAAGCCGUUCAUCCUUGACUGGGGACACACCCACUUCUUCAAGUGCCAAAUCAGCAAGAGCUGAUCCAAAGAAGAGUGCAAGUCGUGCAGGUAGCCGGGCCGGAAGCCAGACAAGCAGCAGGAGGGGAAGUGAUGCCUCUGACUUUGAUCUUCUUGAAACACAGUCAGCAUGUUCAGAUACAUCAGAGAACAGUGCAGCAGGAGGCCCAGGGAGCUCCCGAAGGGCACUAUCCAAACCUUCCAAAAUCCCAACCAUAUCCAAGAAAACCGCCAGCACUCCCAAAACUCAAGGAACCAAGAGAUAGUCCUCGUCCCCAUGUCCCCCAAAGUAAAUGUGCGGCACAAGGAAGAGACUCGCCCCUAAUGGAGCUGUCUCCAAGAUUUUCUAUCAUGCACUGUACAUCUGGAUGUACGCUUAUUCGACAAGGGGAAUUUUUAUUGUCUGAACAUGUAUACAAAAGAAUUGUUGAAAACUGCCUUAUUUGUUUCUUUUGUAUGUUACUACUUCCAUGUGAAUAUUUCUGUAGAUAUAAAGCCUCAUUAUGUGAAUGCCUGGAGAACUUCAGGGACUCAAGUAUAGAGUUAGAGAAGAUGAAGUGUAAGACAGAAGAGUAUGUAUGUAACAAUCAUUCAGUGAGCUAUGAGAACUGCUUUUUAUGGGUUAAUAUCCAUGGACAACACUACUAAAUUCCUCUUUUGUACAUGUACAGUAAAUUGCUUAGAGGCAACAGGGAGCUACACUAGAUCCCUGCUAUUUAAGAUUUAAUCUUUAAAGUCAGAUUUGUUUCUAAUUUACAGCACUUGCACAUUGCUUUGUUCUUCCAGUAACAAUAGCAAAUCUCCUACAGUGACCGUCAUUUUAAAGGACUUUAACACCUAGUGUUUUACAAACCUUUCCAUGUGAUGGCCCAGCAUACAGCACGUGCUACUCCUCUGCCACUUUAUCUUGAUCAAGCUGAUUUCUUAUUGUAAACUACAUUUGUUUUAUUUAUCUCUGUAGGACUUUCUUAUUUAUUAUUUAAAUUGUCAUUCCACUUAAGAUUUGUGUGAAACAUUCAUUUCUGUAGACAAACACUCAUAUUUGCGCAUCAAUGAAAUGAGACUCAGCACAAUUUCUUCCUCGUAUUUGUCUGCUGGUGCCCUGUGACAGACAAGAGCCUGAGGAAAUGAAAUGGUAGAACAUAAGUGGUCUCUCAUGCAAAGAAUAUUCUGUUCUGGCCUGGCUGCUGUGUGAUUUUCUCGAGUACUUUGCAACAGAAAUUGACUCUGUACCAAUGAACUGUUAAAAGAGGCACCUUUUGUAUUAAAAUUGCUUGCAGUAACAACA